AUACAAAGCUAAAAACAUAGUUGGGUUUAAUGAUCAGCUAAUCCCUCCCCUCCUCUACUGAGAGGGCAGUAUAUAACACAGGGCAGUCUGCUGUGCUCACAUCAUUUUAACAGUAAGGGAGACAGGCUCUUGAGCAGAGGGGGAAGAGGUUUGUUCAGCCCAAAGGAGAGUAAAGUAGCACUGCUAGAAAAAGUUCCAUAGUUAAAGGUUGGAGAAGACGCUCAUGAUUAAACUGUUUUACGUCCUGCUGGUGCUCGCCAGCUUUACUGCUGCUGUCCAUAUGGACACCUCAGGCAAACAAGACCAUCCCACCACGCCUCCCGACGCCCUCACCACACCACCGAACCCAACGGAGGCAAAGUCUCGCUUUGCCAUGCUGGAUGACGUUCGCUUACUCGCAAACGGCCUCCUCCAGCUUGGCCAGAGUUUGAGGGAGUUCGUCCACAAAACCAAAGGCCAAAUUAACGACAUUUUCCAUAAGCUCAACAUUUUCGAUCGCUCGUUUUACCAGCUUUCCGUGGUGACAUCAGAGAUCAAGGAAGAAGAAGAAGAACUCAAGAAGACCACCAACAUCUUGAAGGCCAAUAAUGAGGAGAUCAGGAACCUUUCAAUGGAAAUAAACUCAAAGAUCAACAGCAUCCUGCAGGAGCGUACGCAACUGCAGAGCAAAGUAGGGAGCCUGGAGGAGAGGCUGAAAGGACUGUCACAGAGCAUGAUCCCAGCUGAGCAGCUCGGUGAAAUCACAACACUAAAGGAAGUGAUUGAAACUCAAGAGAAAACAAUCAACAAUCUUCUGAAAGCUGUGAGGGAGCAGCACGACCAGCUAGACCAUCAGAAAGUCAAGAUAAAAAAUCUGGAGGAAAAGCUGACCUAUGACAGCUUUCAAGAUACUGCCGAUAAGUCAGCAGAUUCCAACGAUCCGGCGGCUGAUAUGUUUGAGUAUCUGACCGGGAACUCAACUGAAACUAAUGACCUCGCUGCAGACUGCAGUGAGUUGUUUAGCAAAGGAGCAGCGAGCAGUGGAAUCUAUGUGAUCAAACCCAACCAAUCAGAGCCGUUCAACGUUUACUGCCAAAUGGAUGCAGAUGGAGGUACAACUGUCAUCCAACGCAGAGCUGAUGGGUCAGUGAAUUUUGACGAGACAUGGGAAAACUACGAAAAAGGUUUUGGAGAUCUGGAGAGGGAAUUCUGGCUGGGCCUAAAGAAGAUACACAGCCUUACACAGGAGGGGGCUCACAUCCUCCGUAUUGAUGUGGAAGACUGGAAAGAUGAAAAUCAUUGGAUUGAGUACAGAUUUUCUAUGGAAGGACCCUCCAGUGACUACACACUUCAUGUCAGCAAUUUCUCAGGAAACCUCCCAGAUGCGAUGACUAACCUCACGGGCAUGAGGUUUUCCACUAAAGACAGGAAUAGCAGUAACCAACCGAACUCCAGCUGUGCUCGCACUAACACAGGUGGUUGGUGGGUCAGUGCCUGUGGUGAAACAAACUUAAAUGGAAGGUACUUGUGGUUAAGGGCAAAGGGACGCUCUAUGAGGAGGAAGGGCAUUCACUGGAAGCCUGGCACAGGGUCCUCGUACUCCUUUAAGACGACCAAAAUCACCUUACGACCAGUGCCAGCUUCAGAUGGGGCCAACUGAGAGCCAGAGUUCUCAAAUUCUCAUAUAGUUGCAUUGUUAGUUUUUCAUAUAUAUUGAGUUAUUAUGCCUAAAUGAAACAAGUCUGAAUGGAAAAGCGUCUGCAUAACAAAACUUAGAUAUGUCUACCACACUAAACUCCAAAGUUCGUCUGUAGCAAAAGCCUCCCUGUUUCCUAACAUUUUGUCAGAAGGCGAGCCAAAAAUGUCAUAAAUCAGUCACCUGUUGCAAUAAUGCCAGUCUGACAUGCAGGUUGUUAACCUACUGAGUCUCAUCCAACAAGGACAAAAGAAGCGUUAUUAUGCAACGCCUGCAAUCACUUGCAAAAUGGACAUAUUGAUCUACAUCAGCAACCCAAUGUCAAGCUGGUAGAGAAAUAUCAGCACUGCAGUAAAACCGUCAAACACAAUACGAGGAUUCUGCAAUCUCAAGGCUUGAUGAAAAGAUCACGUCACAUAGCCAUUUUUAAGGUGUAUUUUUCCCCCUGUUGUAUUGCUUGUUCCCUGAAGCUACAGGCACAAAAACUUAAAUAAUAUAUAGUGCAUGUAAAUUAUAUACAUAAAAAGGCUAAGAAGUAACCCACAGUUUCAGCUGGAAAAGUUUCCAUAUUGGUUAAGGUCUUUCUUUCUUUCUUUCUUUCU